AUGAAGGGAAAUAUGGGUGAUCCAGAUUAUAUUCCUGAAAACAAUUCAGAUUUAAAAUUCAAGCCUUCAUCACAACAGAUAGAUAAAGAAUUAAAACUGUUACAAGAAAAUGAUUCCAUCAUUGAACAAAAGGUAUUAUCUGAUUAUCUACAAUCAAAUGAUAACAAUUCAAGUGGGGAGGAAUCCAAGGAUCAGGAAGAACAAAAUUCAAAACUCCAAAAACAUCCAGAUUUUGUAAUUCAAGAAUCGAGGAACGAUAUUGCAACAGAAAAUAAUGAUGUUGCUAGAAAAUUGAAAUCAACUGAAAAGAGGACACGUAGACAAAGAGUCAGUCAAUAUUAUUUAACGACUGCAGACAAAAAUAAGUUGUUAGAAAAAAUCCAUGAUAAAAUGCAAAUAACAUUAGAAGCAAAAGAUCUACUUGGUUUAAGUCCAGAAUUUAGGAGCUAUAUAAAUAAAAGAACUAAGGCUAUAUUGGUAGAUCCAUUGAAGUUAAAUAAUAGGUUGGAAUCAAACUUAGUGCUAACAGAAGAGACAGAAGGGACUGAACAAGAAAAUUUACUUGAACUAGCAAGUUUCGACAUUUGUGAAGAAGGUCAAGAUGAUAAUGAAUCCGAAACUGAUGAUGAAUCAGAAUAUAAACUUGAAUCUUUUAAUGCUAGUCUUACCAGAGAAGAUGAAGAAAUCUCAAAACCACUUAUAAAAUUUAAAGUCCAGAUAAAAUCAAAAGAAUUAACAGCCUUGUAUGAUCCAGGAUCGAUGGCAAAUCUAAUAUCAAGAAAUGUUGUUGAAGAAUUAAAAUUAAAAACACAACCAUUUUCAGCUGUGAUUUCUGGGAUUAAUCCUGGUCAAGGAAAAAUCAAAGAUUUGGUCAAAACUUGGAUUAAAAUCGGUUGCCAUGAAUUACCAAUAACAUUAUUAGUACAUGAUAGUUUACCCUCUGACAGGUUGAUUAUAGGGAUGGCUUUUAAGGAUAAAACCCAUUUUGAAGUUGUCUAUGCCGAUGCCAAAUCCGAUGAAAAGAACAUCCAAUUUACUUACAAUCAAGUUCCAAUCACUUACAAACUAUUAGACGAAAAUUUAGGGAUAUUAGAAUCUUAUAAUUCCGAAGUGAUAGAUAUAGAUGAAAAGUUAAAAUCGAUAUUGGACAAAUCCAUUUUCGAUGACGAAGAGAAGGCAUAUUUUAUGGAAAAGGUUCAAGAAGUUAAAGAAGUCUUCCAACUACAUGAGAAUGAUAUCGGUAAAUUUAAAGGUGACGGUUUCGAACCAAUUAAAAUUCCCAUUGGAGAACACAAACCUUGGAUGUUAAAAGGGUACCCCGUUGGAUCAAAAAGAGCUGAGAUGAUAGAUUUAUUACGAACUAUGUUAAAAACAGACCAAAUUGAAUUUGCUGAAAACUCUAAGUAUCGGAAUCCAGUAUUCUGUAUACGGAAGAGUAAUGGUAGUUUAAGAUUACUCUUGGAUCUACGUAUCCUCAAUGAAUACAUUCCGUUGGAAGCCAAUAUACCACCAAACAUACAUGAUAUCAUAUCAAAUUUAGCUGAAGGUGAAAUUUUUAGUAAGUUCGAUAUCAGUAAUGCAUACUAUCAAUUGGAGAUCCUGGAGUCAUCUAGAGAUCUUACUACUUUUAAUUCACCAAUCGGUUGUCUCCGCAUGAAACGACUCCCGCAGGGUUUUCGUAAUCUGGUAUCUAUCUUUUCAGGAAUUAUGAAUAAGAUGUUGCAACCUAUGGCAAAGGAAGUGUUCUCAUUUUUGGAUGAUAUUUGCAUCCCAGGUAAUAAAAGAAAAAAGCUGGAUCCAAAUGCAAAUUUUGAGCAUAUUGAUAAAAUUAUAAGAUUAUUUACUAUAUUAAAAGAUCAUGGUUUAAAGUUAAAUGCAAAUAAGAUAGAAAUUGGGAAGAGUUCCACUAGUUUUUUAGGAUUUCAAGUUUCGGAACAAGGGGUUAGACCUCUAAAAUCAAGAUUACAAGCACUAGAGGAGUUACCACCGCCUACUGACAUUAAACAAUUAGAUCGAAUCAUCGGAGUAUCAAAUUAUUAUCGAUCUUUUCUACCUGGACUCAGUGAAAUAUUAAAACCUUUGUAUCAAUUAUUAAAUAAAUGUCGAAAAGAAGGAAUCAAAACUAUUAAAUUGACUGAUGAAGAACUUUUGAAUUUCAAUUUCUUAAAGAAAUCAUUAUUACAUGGUCCACACAUUUCAAGUAUGAAAAACGAUAGGAAACUACAACUAUAUACAGAUGCUAGUAUAAGUACUUGGGCUUGUGUAUUACAACAAGAAGACAAGGAAGGGAACAAAUAUCUCAUUGAUUGUAUUUCAGGCGGGUUCAAGAAUGCUGAACUGCGUUAUACUAUUUAUGAGAAGGAAAUCUUCUCCAUUUAUUUAGGUUUAACCCACCUACAAUAUCAUUUUCUAGAUUACCCAGGAAAGAUUGAAGUGUUCUGUGAUAACCAAUCAGCUGUUAAAUUAAUCAAUGGUCGUCUCGACAAUCAGCACCAAGUUAAUCGACUCUGGAGGUGGUUAAAUACAAUUAGAAAUUUUGACAUUGAAUUAAAACACAUUCCCACUGAUUUAAACAUCCUAGCGGAUACAUUCACCAGGGUUCAUAAUCCAAAUAAAUCAAUUUUGUUAUCUGAGGAUUUUUAUCAAGCUAUUGAUGAUUUCAGACUGAAACUAGAAAUACAAGUGAACAUUUCAGAAAUAACGAAUGAUUGUUUCAAAUACAAAAAUUAUAGCUUAAAUGCUAUUAAACAUUAUCUACAACAUCUUCAAGUCCCCGAAGAAUAUCAAACUUCUAAGAAAAUUCGACAGCAAUUUAUUUAUCGAGCAAUGGAAUUUUACAUUGCUGAUGGAAAGCUCUACAAACUUGGUUCUAAGGGUCAAUUCUCCAGAUUAGUAGUGAUGAAUGAUACUGAAUUAUUCAAAAUUUUUGAAGUGGCUCAUGACCAAGGGGGACAUAUGAAGAUUCAUACCCUUUUUGAUAAAUUGAAUCUUCAAUUUUACAUUCCAAAUUUAUACCAAAAAUUAUUAGCAUAUAUAUCUUCCUGUGAAACAUGUCAAAAAUAUGAUUCUCCAACAAAAACACGGGAUUCCUUAAGAAUUACAAGACCGGGAGGAUUAUUCCAAACUGUCAUUUGUGAUUCUGUUCACAUUGGGGAUUACUAUUUGGUUAUUGCAAGAGAUGAAUUUUCCUUUUGGGCGGAGGCAACGGUGUUAGACAGUUUGGAAGCUGAAAAGAUUGCUGAUUUCCUUUAUAAAGACAUACUUUGCAGAUAUGGCAUGGUGUCUAGAUUCAAGAGUGACAAUGGGAGUGAAUUUAACAACAAAAUAAUUGAUAGACUUUUAAAUUAUUACAAUGUGGAACAUGCAAAAAGUAUUCAAUUCCAUCCAAUGGGAAAUGCAAUUAGUGAAAGAGGACAUGUUGCUAUAAUAUCAUUCCUAAAGAAAUUACCAAAGGAAUUGGAUUGGAGGAAAUACUUACCCACUGCUUUAAAAACUGAUAGGAAUACCGUCAAAUCUACCACUGGAUUUACUCCUCAAUAUCUUCUAUAUGGAUACAUGGGUUAUACAAGUUUAGAUUUGCUUUGCGAGAAAAUUCCAGAUGAUAAAUUAUAUACCCAGGAAGAAUUAUUUAAAUUUAGGUUUCAACAACUACAGUUUAGGGAAUCACAAUAUCAAUCAGCAUAUAUUUCAACAGAAAGAAACAGAUCCAGAUACAAACAGAUAGUUGAUAAUAAGAAUGAGUCAAACAAAAAGAUUGAACCAGGAGAUUGGGUAUUGGUGUAUGAUAGACCAUUAAAGAAUCCUUUUGCUUCACAUGCUAAGAAACUAGAAGAGAAAUGGGCAGGUCCAUAUAAAGUUGCAAGUCGUGGUGAUCGGAUUUAUUGGCUUGAAGAACUUGAUGGUACACUCAUGGGAAGACCAUAUUCUAGGGAAAUGAUAAAACCAUUUAUAUCACGAAAAUGA